GAAGAAUUAGUGGAGAGACAGGAUAUUGUGUGCGGGCAGCAGGAAGUUGAGUGUGGAAGAAGGUGGUGUUGCUGGUGCUGAGGUCAGCUGGAGUGCCCUGACCUAUGUCAAGAUGUGGCUCACAAGACUGAUGCCCCACUUGAGUAGAGCCACAAGGCUAGCAGGAUGUAUGAUGCCACGAGGCCUCACCACAAGCCACAAGAGCUUUUUCGCUAGUUACAGCACACGUCAGCCACAGAAACUGCACACUUCCCCUCCUGCCUGGUGCAUUCUGGAAACUGAGCUGGAUGAUUUGUUGGUUCCUCGAAUGAUGUCUAUCACUCCCCUGGAGAGCUUGCUUUCCUCUCGUUACUCGCUGCCCAAACCUGACGCCUCCAGUAUUCAGGAGGAGCCUGAAGACCAUUUAAAGAUCUAUGAUUGCCCUACUUCUCAGGACACUGACCACACGGGUGAGCAAAGCGGGCACAGGGAAAUAGUUCAGUGCAAGAACAUCCUUAAGAUCCGAAGGAGGAAGAUGAACAAACACAAGUACAAAAAGCUGCAGAAGCGCACAAAGUUUUUGCGGAAGAAGGUCCUUCAGAGGCGCAAUGUAAAGAAACAGAAAAGGUUUGAAAAAGAUUUGGAUCGUAUCUGGAGGAAGGCGGGCCUAAGAAAAGCACCUGAAGGAUUUGUAAUGCCGAAUAUAUUUAUAAAGAGUUCAUGACCAGAGAACAAGGAUGUUAAAUUUUAGUGUUUAUUGUAUUAUAAUAAAUCCGAUA